AUGGCAUUCAAGCUCAAGGUGCAGAAGUACUGCAUCUCAGAUCUUGAAAUAAGUACCAUUGCACUCCUGUCUCCUGAUCCAAUAGCCAGUCAGAGCAAAGGAACUAAAAAGGAAGAGGGGUGGAGAGAUGAAUUUGCUGCCCACCACUGGACUGUUGCUAGCAGUCCCAGAAGCAGAGAUCAGAGUAGUGGGAGGUCUAUGAUCACAGAGUCCACCAUUCAGAAGAUGCAUCACCUGUCCCAGACAAUGGAGAAUGUUCCCAUGGCUGUCUGUUCCUCAUUCCAAGAAGAGAAUCCAGACCCUAUAAUGGAAGACCUUCCCAUGCUUCAGAAGCAUUUGGGUAGCAUCAUGAAGGGAGAAUUUAUGGGACUAGGAAUGACUCAAAUCUUGAGUCUUCACAAGCAACUAGAUGUUAUGAAAGAUGUCAAGAAUAUGGAGCAGAUCUGCUCAUUGGCUCAAUCUUCUCGCCCAAAAGAAUUGGAGAGUUAUGGGGAGGAUGCCCUCCAAGUUCUGCUGGAACAUGCAAAUGCAAUUGAAGGGGAUGAAGACAUGGAUGAUGUGAACGAUAGAUCUGAGGAUGUGAAUGGCCUCUUGACUCUUGGUCCCUAUGCUGGACAAAGAUUGGAAUUUGAACAGGCAAAUUCGCUGGAGUUGCAACGUCUAAAUGCUCAUGCCGAGGAUCUCAUUGCAAGUGAUAGACCGAGUGUGAUGGAAAAGAAGACCUUGGCUCAAGCCCGUCUUUCUCCCCGAGAACGGUUUUCGGAUCGACUGGUUGCCAGACCGAGACGACAGCGUCGAGGAGCGAAGAGUGGUUAUCUCGUGAAGAGGAAGGGGCAUAGAACUCCACCUUGUAGGACGCCUGUCCGACAUGGCAAAGGAGAGGAGAUGUCUUCACCAUAUGAUUGGCUGUUCUCUGUUAGAAAAUCGUGA